GUUUUUGAACGGGUGCUAAUCCGUCUACCUAGACGGCCUGUUGGCAAUGGCAAGAGUGAUUACAGUGCACUGCGCGCCGUCCGGGAAAGAGGAAGCGUUCGAGUUGGAGGCAGACAUGACUGCCCGCGAGUUCAAGAGGCAGCUGCACAGGUGGCUGCCCUGUGGAGAUGACUCACAGCGCAACAUGAGCUCGGUGGAGGUGGUUGUCGGAGAGACGCCCCUAUCGAACAACGAGGAGAUGGUGUCGGAGGCAAUUCCAGGCGCAGAAGUGUUGGCUUUCCUGAGCAUCAAGCCGGUGAAGUGCUCACGAGCCAGGUCAUCCAGCCGAGAGAUCGAAGAUUUGCGCGUAGUGGAAAUUACAGAUGUAGGAGAAGUUGCCCCAUGUGCGUUCCUCGACUGCAGGUUUUUGGCCAGCGUCGUCAUCCCAGACUCCGUGACUGUGAUCAAAAACUCGGCCUUUGUGCACUGCAGCUCCUUGAAGAGCGUGGCCAUCCCCGACUCCGUGACGCGGAUUGAAUGUUGGGCCUUCAAAGGAUGCAGCUCACUGGAAAGUGUGACCAUUCCCAAUUCUGUAAUUCACAUUGGGUUUGGUGCCUUUGAAGAUUGUAGCUCAUUGACAAGCGUGACUAUUCCCACCGUGACACAGAUUGAAAGUGGUACCUUCGCAAAUUGCAGCUCAUUGACAAGUGUGCGCAUUCCCGACACAGUGACCGAGAUUGGAAAGCGUGCCUUCCGAGGUUGCAGCUCAUUGCCAAGCACAACCAUUCCUAGUUCUGUGACCAAGAUCGGGAAGUAUGCCUUUGAACAUUGCAGCUCGUUAGCGAGUGUGACCAUCCCUGACUCCGUGACUCGUAUUGGCAAAGGUGCCUUUGCCGGCUGCGACUUUCCUUGGGAUGAUGAGUCCAAUGAAGAAUCGGAGUCAGAUAUUGAUUUCGACUUAUUUGACUAGUCUCAAUUGUUUCUGCAGCACAAGCGCUUGAGCCUCGUUCAUGCAUGCACGCAAAGUCUUCGACUGGCCCGCAAAAUCUCCGGC